UAGUGGCUGGGACUGGAGGGGCUGGUGAGGGAAGGGACAGGAUGGCUUAGAAGCCUCUGCCAACAGGACCCCACGCAAGAAGAGGCUCUCGGUACAGUCCGAGGCUGCUGUGAUGGCUGGGGUAGGAGGGUCCCCUCCCGGUCCCUGAACACCCUUGCACCACCUCGGAGGGACACCCCAGAAGUUAGCAUCAGUGGGACUUGGAAGCUCCGAUCUCAACAACCAUGGCUGGCGAUUCUAGGAAUGCCAUGAACCAGGAUAUGGAGAUUGGGGUCACUCCCAGGGACCCUAAAAAGAUUCCCAAGCAGGCCCGCGAUUAUAUCCCCAUCGCCACCGACCGCACACGCCCGCUGGCAGAGGGCAAGAAGCCCCGGCAGCGCUACAUGGAGAAGAGCGGCAAGUGCAACGUCCACCACGGCAACGUCCAGGAGACCUACCGCUACCUGAGUGACCUCUUCACCACCCUGGUGGACCUCAAGUGGCGCUUCAACCUGCUUGUCUUCACCAUGGUCUACACGGUCACCUGGCUGUUCUUUGGAUUCAUCUGGUGGCUCAUUGCUUACAUCCGGGGUGACCUGGACCACGUUGGGGACCGAGAGUGGAUCCCUUGUGUCGAAAACCUCAGCGGCUUCGUGUCUGCCUUCCUGUUCUCCAUCGAGACCGAGACCACCAUUGGGUACGGCUUUCGGGUGAUCACGGAGAAGUGUCCAGAAGGCAUCAUCCUCCUGCUGGUCCAGGCCAUCCUUGGCUCCAUCGUCAACGCCUUCAUGGUGGGGUGCAUGUUCGUCAAGAUCAGCCAACCCAAGAAGAGAGCAGAGACCCUGAUGUUCUCCAACAAUGCUGUCAUCUCCCUGCGCGACGAGAAGCUCUGCCUGAUGUUCCGGGUGGGCGACCUACGCAACUCGCACAUCGUGGAGGCCUCCAUCCGCGCCAAGCUCAUCAAGUCCCGGCAGACCAAGGAGGGGGAAUUCAUCCCACUGAACCAGACCGACAUCAACGUGGGCUUCGACACGGGGGAUGACCGCCUCUUCCUGGUGUCCCCGCUCAUCAUCUCUCACGAGAUCAACGAAAAGAGCCCUUUCUGGGAGAUGUCGCGGGCCCAGCUGAAUCAGGAGGAGUUUGAAAUUGUGGUCAUCCUGGAAGGGAUGGUGGAGGCAACAGGCAUGACUUGCCAAGCACGGAGCUCCUACAUGGAUACAGAGGUGCUCUGGGGCCACCGAUUCACACCAGUCCUCACCUUGGAAAAGGGCUUCUAUGAAGUGGACUACAACACCUUCCAUGACACCUAUGAAACCAACACACCCAGCUGCUGUGCCAAGGAGCUGGCAGAAAUGAAGCGGGAAGGCCGGCUCCUGCAGUACCUCCCAAGCCCCCCACUUCCAGGAGGCUGUGCUGGAGCAGAACUGGAUGCAGAGGCUGAGCAGGACAGAGAGGAAGAGCCUGAGGGUCUGAGUGGGUUCCGGGAGACCAGGGGCUCGGUGUGAGGACGACACUGUCCCCACUCCCUCCCCUCAUUGGCUUCUCAAGAGCACAGAUGCUGUGGGGCAGGCCGUGGAGGGGGUGAACUAGAUGAGUGUGCUGGGGGGCAGCCAGGAGCCAUGAGGCUCUGUGAGGAGGAGCAGUAAACCAGUCCUGGCACCUCCUGGCUUUUGCCUGGGCCCCCGUGCAGUGCUGCCUCUGCUCCCCUGGCCUCUGUCACACUGGCUAAGAGCCAGGCCAGGAGGGGUGGCCACACAAUGACACACACAGGUGGCCUCUGUCCUCACACCUCUCUCUGCCAACUGCCCUGGAUCACCUUUCUCUUUGGGUUCCACACAGCAACGGCAGCCUCCCCUUUCUAGGUGACAUCUAGAGAGGGCUGUUGCCCCCUUUCUCUUAUUCUGACCACCCUGGGCCUUGUGGAUUCAGUGCGGGGAGAUUCUCCCUACCUGGAAGCUUAAAUCCCCAGUCCUCAGGGGGGCUCACAGACCUU